AUGGUGUCCUACUAUGACGAACUGGAGAUUGAAGACUUUGCAUGGGACGACGUUGCAGAGGUCUUCCACUACCCAUGUCCCUGCGGCGACCGCUUUGAAAUCUCAAAGUCCCAGCUUCGAGACGGAGAGGAAGUCGCCACCUGCCCCAGCUGCAGCUUGAUCGUGCGCGUCAUUUACGACUAUUUGGAUUGGGAAGACUAUGAGACAUCCGAUGACGAGGAGGAGGAUGACGAGGACACUCCCGCUACCAGUGUCUCCCCUACCCCACCAGUCAAGGACUAG